UUUUAUUUUAUUUUAACCGAUUUUUUUGUCUGUAAGUUUAUAAUAUUAUUAAUAAUAAUUACGAUACUAUUUAAUAGUUUUCUGGAGAAUGUUAUUUAAUAGUUAUACGCUUGACGGUACCAUUUUAAGAUUCCUCCAUUAAUAUUUAAGAAAUUGCAAAAUGAACCAUUUAACUUCUAAAAGUUUCUAUUUAAAUUGAUUAAUUACACGGCAGUCCUUCUCUUUGGCCUGUAUUUCAUGCUUUCACCCGUAUUCCUCCUUAUAUAUAGUGACAGAGUUAGGUGACUCAAGACACAACACAAGUUUCUCUCUUUCCUCUAAUUCAUUAACACUCAAGAAAAUAAAGAAGGAAGCAUACAAUGUCGGGAACAUUUGACCGUGCCAAUGAAGUAAAAGCAUUCGACGAGAUGAAAAUCGGCGUGAAGGGUCUCGUCGACGCUGGAAUAAAAAAAAUCCCACUCAUAUUCCAUAACCCGCAAGCCACGGUAACUAACCCUAAACCUCCUUCUACGUUGACUAUCCCAACAAUAGAUAUGGGAGGUGGCGUGUUCGAGUCCACGGUCGCAAGAAAGGAAGUGACUGAGAAGGUUAAAGACGCAAUGGAGAAGUUCGGUUUUUUCCAAGCGAUUAACCAUGGGAUUCCACUCGAGGUCAUGGAGAAGAUAAAAGAAGGGAUCCGUGCGUUUCACGCGCAAGAUCCAGAAGCGAGGAAAAGGUUCUAUAGCCGUGAAAAAACCAAAGCGAUUAAGUAUAACUCUAACUCUGAUCUCUAUGACUCUCCUGCUGCGAGCUGGAGAGAUACCUUAAGUUGUUUUAUGUUCCCUGAUGUUCCCAAAACCGAUGACUUACCAGAUAUUUGUAGGGAGAUCAUGUUGGACUACUCAAAGAGAGUGAUGAUGUUUGGGGAGUUAAUAUUUGAGCUCAUAUCAGAAUCCUUAGGGCUGAAGCCUAACCACCUCAAAAAAAUGGAUUGUGCAAAAGGUUUGUUGAUGCUCUGUCAUUGUUACCCGCCGUGUCCUGAGCCAGACCGAACGCUCGGCGCCACUCAGCAUACAGACAGAUCUUUCAUCACUAUACUUCUUCAAGACCACAUUGGAGGACUUCAAGUUCUCCAUGAUGGAUACUGGAUCGAUGUUCCUCCUAAUCCUAAUGCUCUUAUCCUUAACGUUGGUGAUCUACUACAGCUUAUAACGAACGACAAGUUUGUGAGUGUGGAGCAUAGAGUUUUGGCAAAUGGAGGUGAAGAGCCGCGCACUUCGAUUGCAUCUUUCUUUGUGCAUCCUCCUUCAACAAGUCCUAGAGUAUAUGGACCCAUUAAAGAGCUUUUGUCAGAAGAAAACCCUCCCAAGUACAGGGAAACAACUCCGGAAGCCUCUAACCACUAUGUGGCUAGAAAACGUGAUGGGAACAAUUCGUUGAGCCAUUUAAGGAUCUGAACAAAAUGGGUGAACCUAAGCUGAAUCUCUGUUGUUGUUUCCUUUGUGUUUCCAAUAAAACAUUAGUGCACACACAUGCACAAUAUGGUUUCCGAAGUUACUGUAUGUUUUGUUUUUACGUAUGAAAAAAAGAAUAAACUACAUGUUGUACUUCCAAUAAAGUGUUUAUUUCACGUUUGAUCUAAUAAGAUAUGACCAUCUAUUAUUUAAUCCCCUCUAUUACCAUGUGAGAAGUUUUCAAAAAGAAUAUUGAUAUAUCACUCUCUUGUUGUUCCUUCUUACGAUGUAUGCAUAACAUUUAUUUUUGUUAGAUAUUACAAAGAUUUUAUUACUAAAUUGAUUAACAUGUAAUCAUCUAUAUAUUAAUUGAUGAUCAUUUAAAAAGUUGCAAUCUUAAGUUUGUACUAAUUAAAAAGAGAUCAUGCUCAGAUGUCACUUAAUUAUGAUAUGCCAAUUUAGCUAACGUGACAACUUAAGAAUCAAUUGAAAAAAAUGUUUGUCAAAACUAAUUACUAGGGAACAUUUAUAUUAACCCAAAAUAUAAGAAGCGUGUAUUUUUCCUUAAAUAAAAGCUACGAAAUUACCUAAUAUGAUUAAUAUAUAUAUGACAAUUAAUAAUUAUGAAUAAUACAGAUUUGAUAACAAUUUUUGCAUCAUUUUUCCUUUUUUUUUUAAAUUUUAUAUUAUUAAAAAUAGAUUUUCUUAUAUGGUAUAUUUUGAUUUUUUUAAAAUGACAAAAAAUGAGGAAACAUUAUAUGUUAUAUUUAAAAGUUUUUAAAACGACUUUAAAUUACAAAAAUGAGGUAACCUUAUAUGUUAUAUUUUUCUUAUAUGUUAUAUUUUUUCUUAUAUGUUAUAUUUUGAAUUUUUUAAAAUAACUUUAAAUUAAAAAAAUGUAAGUUUUUCUUAAGCAUACGACUAAAAGCAUUAAAAUGACAUGUACCAGUUCGAUGGUUGAUCUGAAACCUUUCAAAACCAUAUGAAAGAUAAUUGUCAAAAUAAUUCAACUGUGGAAACAACAUUGUUCACUUUUUUCAAGAAUGACUUUGGUGAAAAAAAUAAGGUUUUUGUGUCAUAAUUUGUUUAAUGUCCAAUCUGAUCAACCUACGAUAUAUUAAUUAUAGUUUAGUUCUACAAUUUUUAAUAAAAAUUGACACGGUCCAUCAGAAAGAAAUUAGAUAAUAA